AACUGUCCAUUGAGGUAUUUCUGGUUGACCCAAGACAGCGCUGUGAGUGGAGAAAAAAAAGGGUGUGGAUAAGCAUUCAGUAGGAGAGCAUGCGCAUGACUCAGACACGUCAUUGACAGAAAGUUGCAGAGCCAAGAGAGGAAGAGGACUUGUUUGACAAGUUCCUUCUCGACACGCGACCACAGUAAUGGCAGAUGUUGAACGCCCUGAACUCUAUGAGUUCCAUGGAGUCUCUAUGACACACUAUUUCACGGACAACUGGGAAAAUGUUCAAAAUUUUAAGGCUCUACCUGAUGAUAUACUCAUAGCCACUUAUCCAAAAGCAGGCACCACAUGGAUGUCUUUCAUCCUGGACUUGCUCUACUUUAAGCAGAAAGAUAAGGAGAGAGAGAAGUCUAUGCCGGUAUUUGACCGAGUACCUUUCCUUGAGCUUGCCAUUCCUAACUACUGCACAGGCGUAGAGGCACUUGACACUCUUCCCACCCGUCCACGACUUAUCAAGACUCAUCUACCUAUUCAGUUUGUGCCAAAGAGCUUCUGGGAACAGAACUGCAGGAUGGUGUAUGUGGCCCGUAAUGCUAAAGACAACGCUGUGUCUUACUACCAUUUUGAUCGCAUGAACACGGCGCAACCAGAGCCUAAGGACUGGAGCAGUUUUCUGCAAAGGUUUAUGGAUGGAAAAAUGGUUUUUGGCUCCUGGUAUGACCAUGUGACUGGCUGGUGGGAGAAGAAGCAGACCUGCUCCAAUAUUCUUUACAUGUUCUAUGAAGAUAUGGUCGAGGACACUGGUCGUGAGAUAGAGCGCCUCUGCUACUUCCUGGGUUUGUCCACCACAGUAGACGAGAGAGAGAGCAUCAGGGGAGGAGUGCAGUUUGACGCCAUGAAGGCGAACCCCAUGGCCAACUACUCCAUGGAUCCGGUGAUGAAUCAGAAGAUCUCUCCAUUCAUGCGCAAAGGGAAAGUUGGUGACUGGAAGAACCAAUUCACUGCGGCUCAAAACGAGACAUUUGACGAAGACUACGAGAAAAAGAUGAAGAACAACACAUUGAAAUUCCGUACACAAAUCUAGCAAGACUCAAAGUUAACUGUGAAAUGACACGAACAAAUGAAAACUGCAUUUUAUGUCUUAUGAUUCUAUUGUAUACAGUAAAGACAAUCAAUGGUCUCUACAUCCUCCAAUAAACAAACAUGAUAUGUUUGGGCUAUA